AUCUGGCAACAGUGAUUCCAAAUAACGGCUUGUUGGGCGGCCCAGGAAACGUUCUUAGUGGACAGAGUUGGAUAUAGAAAAUAACUAGAUAGAGAAUACAAAGGAAGGAAGACCAGGAAGAGAGACCUUAGAAGCGAUACAGCGACAGACGUAAAAAGAAGACACAGAAGCAGAGGGUUAGCACCAGGGGUUGGCACCACUGCCCGCGCGAGCUUUCAAACGAGGCACCGCAGCCCGGCGUGACGCGACCCUGACACCCAAGACUGGAGGAUUUCUGACCACCCCCUGAACGAGACGCAGCCAUGGUCCGACCCACCCAGGCCAAGCAGCGGAUGCUCACCUCCACCCCCAAGGCGGGCACCAAGCCACCCCAGCAGCUGCCCCGCCUGCCCUCCACCCCCAAUGGCAAGGUCACCUCCUCAGCCUCCAAGAAGCGCCGCCGCUCGUCCAUGUACCAUACUAAGAAGGCCCGCAAAGCAAAGGACACCACCGUUCGCAAGCACCGGUUCCACCCAGGAAUGCGGGCCCUGAAGGAGAUCCGUCACUACCAGAAGACUUGGGGCACCCUCAUCCCCAAGCUGCCCUUCUCUCGCCUGGUGCGGGAGGUCCUUGCUCAGUACAGCCGUGACUACAGAAUCCAGUCCUUGGCACUGGAAGCACUGCAGGAGGCAUCUGAAGUGUACAUCACCACCAUGCUGGAGAGGGCCAAUCUUUGCUCCAUCCAUGCUCGCCGUGUCACCCUCAUGCCGCCAGACAUCAAGUUGGUGCGGCGCAUCACGGAGGAGUUAUAGUGGUGCUCCCUUUGCCCUUUGCUUCCCAUUGCUCUAGACACAAUAGAGAAAAGGGAGAAGGAUGUCACCAGCUCCUUGCCCCCACUUUUUUUAAGAAAUUUUUAUCAUCUGAUGCUUUUUUAUUGCUGCAGUUUCUAUCUUUAUGUUAACUCUGCAAAGUUGAGAUUCUUAACAUUUAUGAUGUCUGGGUGGAACAUUGGUCUUGCUUGGGCUGCAUUCUUGGCCAAGCUGACACAUAGCCCACUUAGUCCCUUCAUGCUCUGGAAUACCUUCAUGUGGAUGCUUGCAAAGUUGGAAACUCUGAGGCUGUGAGCACGGGACGGGAAACUGGAGUGCCUAACAAUGCUCCUUUGUCAUACUGUUCAGCGUUUUGGGUGGCUCCCUUGCCGAAUAUUGUCCCCUCGGCCAGUGUGUCACCUUAGCAUGUAGCUGACCCAUUACCAUGAAUGUCCUUGGUUUUCCCCCCACAAUUCCCAUCUUGUGCUGGGAAGGAGGAAACCAACCAGGUGUAAAAGUCUUCCUUUUAUUGAAUUGAAUAGAGUUAGUCUUAAGUACGGAUUAUCAGUUAGCUGUAGUGAGAACUUGCAAAGCUGUCAAGCAAAGAAAGUACAAAGUUUUAUCUUAUACUCAAAGGAAUUGUGCAUGUUUGGUUUGUCAGAAUUCCAUCAGUAAAGCAGGUAACUCAAGUGACUGAGUAAUUUGUAUCUGCAUUUACAAUGUUUGUUGUCUAUAUUUACACAGUUAUAAUUGUCAUUAUUGUAUGACAGUGUUCAUAUGAUGAUGCUACUGAUAAGCUUAGCCAUAUGUCAAACUAUUACAAAUAGGUAGUUUUUCAUAAUUGAUACUUUUAUACUGUAAAACUUUUAGCUGAUGAAAUUUGAAUUUUUCGGCAAAUAAAUCAUACAAUAAAAAUUU